AUGCCUUCUGUUUCAGUGUCAGGAAAAUACCGUCGAAAAGUUCGUUUUCCGUCAAGCAGCAGGCCCAUUCCACCAGUGUCCCACAAGAAAAUCCUGCGUGAGUCGGGUGACAAAGACUCUCACGGGGACGGUGACCAAUCUAGCGUGUCUGGCUCGAAAGAUCAGGCACCACGAAAGCAGCGCAGCAAGAUGGCUGUGAGCGAAGAGCAUCCUAGCAUACCCAGGCUGUUCAAGGAACCACCUCCGAUCCGGGACAGCUUGUCUACAGAGACCUCAGAACUCCAAUAUGAGACUCUAGAAAAAUGUCUUCCAUUCCUGAAAGGGACAGAAAGCAGUCUGAUAGGCUCUCUAAACGAGCACGGAGUGCCGGCACUCCAAAAGGAUGAUCACAUUGAAUACCUGUAUGAUUCCUUAGAGGACUACCCGAGUAACUUCGUGGGCAUCGAUUCCAGCCGUCCUUGGAUGGCCUAUUGGGCCCUUGCUGGUCUGUCUCUUCUGGGUGAAGAUGUUACAAAGUAUCGUGAACGAGUGAUCACUACAUUUACUCCUAUGCAGAAUGCCACUGGUGGGUUUGGCGGGGGUCAUGGCCAGCUGUCUCAUUGCGCAUCAACUUAUGCUGCAGUUCUUUGUUUGGCGAUGGUCGGGGGAGAAGAUGCCUUCAGUAUCAUCGAUCGAGAAGCGAUGUGGAGAUGGCUGGGUGAUGUGAAGCAACCCGAUGGAGGCUUCCAAAUGUCUGUCGGCGGCGAGGAAGACGUGCGAGGUGCGUACUGUGCUAUGGUGGUCAUCUCUCUGCUGGAUCUGCCGCUCGAAUUGCCACCUGAGGCUGCAGCCAGACAAGCCGGUUUAGAUACGUUCUUGAGUGGAUUGCCAGAAUAUCUCGCAAGAUGUAAUGGUCAAACAUUCGAGGGUGGCAUCUCUGGAAGCCCCGGAACGGAAGCACAUGGUGCAUAUGCUUUCUGUGUCCUGGCGUGUUUAUGUAUCCUGGGGAAGCCAGAGGAGACCAUUGCCCGGUACAUGGAUAUCCCGCUCCUGUUAUCCUGGCUCUCUGCUCGACAAUACGCACCUGAGGGAGGUUUCUCCGGAAGAACCAACAAAUUAGUCGAUGGAUGCUACAGUCAUUGGGUAGGAGGUUGCUGGCCUCUGCUCCAGGCUGCCCUCAAUGGCACACAGUCCCUAUCGCAGCCCGUGCAACCGUCUGUUGGCAGCCUCUACAGCCGUGAAGGGUUGACGAGAUACAUACUCGCCUGCUGCCAAUCAAAGAGAGGCGGCCUCCGUGAUAAACCUGGAAAGCACCCUGAUUCGUAUCAUACCUGUUACACAUUGACAGGGUUAAGCAGUCUCCAGAAUUAUCACUUCCACACGGACGACUCAUCCGCAUCCCGUAGUGUUUUCAGUUCCGCUUUCUCCUGGAAGUAUACGCCUAUCGUCUCGUCUUCUCAGGUUGAAGCUGAUGUAAAUGUUUUUGACGAGCGUGACAGGCUGCAAGCAUUUCAUCCAAUUUACAGUAUACCUCACAAGGCAGCGGAGAACAUGCGUGCGUGGUUCGAAUCGAGAAGCCUCGUACUCUAA